AUGGGCUGGCGCAGGACUCGGAGGAAGCUAUGGAGCAGGUCCAAGAACGCCGCUUACGCUCUGGAGCAGGCUCUCGACAUCUUCAAUCGUGCCGCCGUCUAUCCCCCCGUGCCAGGCUUGCAGGCCGGUGUCAGCUGUCUCUUGGCGAUCUCGCGCGCGAAUGCCGAAUCUAUCAGGGAGCUAACCAGGAACAUGAACGAUUUGACCGAGACGGUGAACAAGUACACAGAACUCAACGGACAGAGUAUAUCACCCCAGGUGGAAUUGGCGGUCAACGAACGCAGAUCGUGGGAUGCGAUCAAUGACGAGGCUGUGAAGAUCGAGUUGCGGCGCAAACUGCUGAGGGUAAUGGAUAACAACAAGGAUCGUGGAGGUAGAAGAGUCGCCGGAUUCUUGCAAGAUCUAUCCCAAUCGAUCAAGGAAUUCAUGCGCUUGCUUCCCCGUCUGAUAGAUAGCGAAUUGUUUCACCGCCAUUGGGAGCGGCUUCCCACCGAGCUGCAUGACUACAUCUACGGCCUCCUGCACAGCCCCGGCCACAAAACCGGCUUGUCAGCACUGUCCCUAGUCUCGCAUACCUGGUCCCAACGCUUUCGUCUGUUGUAG